GAGAGAGAGAGAGAGAGAGAGAGAGAGAGAGAGAGAGAGAGAGAGAGAGAAUUCUUAUUUUGGUGACUGUAAAUCUUACGUCACUCCCUCGCUCCCACCCCUCCCUGCUCCCUUCAAUCAGAAUAAAACCAAGUUUAAAACAAACUCAACUCACUAGAGGACAGUGUAGAGGAGCAGGGACUGAGAGAUCAUUCACACUUCAUUUCCUCAGCCUGGAGAGCGGGAGGCUGUUGACAGCAUCAAGCAUGUUGCACAGGCUGUUUAUUGGAGCUUUGGGUUCAUUGCUGGUGGCAAAUUCCUCCUGUGAUCAAGAUGUGGAGACAGGUUGCGGGACCCAAGGAAUCAUUCAGAAGGAGUUUGGUGGUCGCUACCAGCUGGACUUUCAGGCCGCGGCAGACUUGUGCCAGUCCCUCGGGACCACCUUGGCCACACUGGACCAAUUGAAGAGGGCGCACGCAGAAGGCUACGAAACCUGCAGGUAUGGCUGGAUCGAAGGCGGUCUGAUUGCUCUCCCUCGCAUACAAGCUCACCCCUCAUGUGGAAAAAAAUUCACUGGCAUCUACACAGUUCAAAGGCCGCAGGAGAUGAAGUACGAUGUGUUCUGCUUCAGAGAAACAGAUGACAGAAUCUGUUCCACUUCCAUGACUCCACCCCACCCCAGCCUGAGCCACAACCACGACCUUCCAACCCCCUCAUGGAUGGCCACGGGUGUACAUGACUCCACAGAAUUAACAGUGGAUCCAUCAACAGAGGACGUUGGAUUCUCUACUGACACCUCAACAGAAGCAGAGAGACUGCCAUCGUCUCUUGUACCUAGACUUGUGGAGCAAAGGUCUCCGAGUUCAGCACAGAGGCAGCCCCAAUCAACCCGAGAGCUCUCGCCACUUGUGGUAUUAACAGAAUUGUUCCUCUCUGGCGAACAGCCCUUCAGAGCGGCGCCCACUGUAACUCUGGGCUUCAACGCAGAGGUGAGCGCAUCUCCCACAAGGACGGGCCCUGUGUUGAACAACUACCAUGGAUCACCAGGUCUGCAGAUAGCCAAUGAGGCUAUGGAUGGCUCGGGAUUUGCACGGGGCAGAGAAUCGUACACCGAGUCAACAAGGCCAAUUCCAUUGAGGUCGGAAGACCAUGACCCAGACCAUCCCACAGAAUAUUCUGCAGAGUUUCCCAGCAGUGGGGGCAACUCAGUUAGUUUCCCUUCAACUCUGUUUUUGUACAACGACCCGCUAGUGAAUAGCGCAUCAGGAGAAGAACUACAAGUCCACCCCGUGGGAGAGGUUCCGCUGACUAUAGACAUCCAUGGUGCAAAAUCAAAAGGAAAUUUGGGCAUUACAACCAUCAGGAGCACCCCUUCCCCUUUCCGUCUCACUUCAGACGGCAGCCUAAUAUUUAAUGCAGUGGAGGGAGUAAGGGAGCCACACUCUGAGCCGCAUGAAUCGAGUAUUUUCUCAAUUGACAUCGGCAGCACUGACCCUCCUUUCCAUCCAACUGCAUUUAUGGACAACAGCCUCAGAUACUACACAACGGCAUACAAACCCAAGGAUAAAUCAAACAGUUUGGACCUCAAUCCAAUAUUGGAAGAGUCACAAGUCCCUGAAGCCACAGAAGACCCGAUGACACUUGGCAUUCAUCAAGAUGGGUUGCAUUCCAUCCCAAUGACUCCAAAUCCAACUGAAAUGCUGGAGAAAAUGUCCAGCAGCUCUGAGGUAUUUGCUUUGGAAUUCCUUUUGCGUCAGCGGGCAGUUGGUACCCGAAGUAGAACGGAACAGUUUCCCAGUUCUCCAACUCCAACCGACCUCACCGUGGACAGUGGCAGCACCCUGGAAGGUUCAGCACCUGUCGACCUUCCCUUGGACCUUUCAACUGUCCCUGUAUUACCUGCAACGUGGCUGCCUUCCAAAUCACCCUCUCCUGAGCUCAGAGGCUCACCUGUGGGUAGUGGCAGCACUCCUGAAGCCUUCGAUGUGGAGCCCACUGUAGUCCCCUUGGAUUUCAGCACGGAACAAGGCAAUGAAUUGGUCAUCUCGGUUUCUCCGGAGCCGACUGCCCUAUUUGUAGAGAGUGGGAGCACACCUGAUGGAUGGGGUUCAGAGCCACAGGACACCGUUAUGGGCUUCACCUCAGAAUUCACCGCAAGCACUGAAUUGAUGACGGCACCCACUGGCUAUCUUCCGUUCACAGAUUCAAAGAGGGACUUGGAGCUUCUGGGCCGAUCUACUCUGCAGACUAGAGAACCUGACUGGACACUUCCCGAGACAACCCCAGGCCACUCACCCACUGCUGCCAUGCCCUUUGUCUCCACCCCGGAGCCCGUGACCUCCGCUCUGCCUCUCUCUUCAGCAGCGCCCUCUGUUGGCCUUUCACCCACUGCCCAGAGUGAGCAUAAAGUGACACAUCCAGAUACAACUCCUUCACUCACCAUGGUACAAUCGAAGCUCACCACCCCUGGGCUGAGAGACGCCACAAGAAGCAACACUGCUCCUGACCUUGGAUCGACAGUUUCACCUCUAUCGACAACCAGUCGGCUCCACCAAAUGUCACCUUUCACAGUCGGCAAGCAGCAGAAAGCUCAGCCUAACUUUACCAAAGCCCCAGAUCACAACCGCCUGGAGGAGAAACUAUGGAACCAGCCAGCAACAACAGCUGUGGGAGAGAAGUCUUCCGCAGUCACCCUGGACUGGCUGAUUGUUACGGCGAUAAUCGUGGCACUGCUCAUCAUCCUGAUCGGAGGAGUGGUGAUCAUUUACAGCAAAAGGUUGUGUGGGAGGAAGAAGAGCUUGAUGAUAACCACGCAAGGAGAGGAUGGGGCCACAGCCAUGGAGAAGGGAACUUCCAAUGGGAGAGGGGGAGAUGCAUCCAAACAGGGCGAACUGAACGAUGGUGCCAAGCGAUCAGAUGAAUGGAUCCAACUGAUCGAUAAAGACAACAUGGAGGUUGUUCCUGAAGCUGCAGAAGCCACCAAGUUAAUGAGAAGGGAUGAAUCUGGUGUAGAGGUGACGGCAACCACACAGGAGCAAAGCCACAAGAGUUAGGUGGUGAAGGAGCUGACACUGGGAGCCAUUCCUCUCAUCCCCACACUCUUUAUAUGGCACUGAUGGUGCCAACUUACUAAAUAUGUCUGUCAGCCUUUUGAUCAGCCCUGUGAAUUGCCAUCUAAUGCCAGUAUUCACAAAGUUUGUUCAAAGGACCAUCACACCUUUAUAAGGAGAGACCUUUCCAUUCUAUUGAACCAUUGAACUGUUGCAUUGAAUUGCAAUGCUCUCCAGCCAGGCCGAGCCCCGUUGUGCCGGCCUACGCCACUCUUGUGUUGGACUGGGCUGCCCUUCCAUCUGACUGCCGUCAGACUGUUCCAUCGGAUUGUCCUUGUGCCGGCUUGCUUUAUUCUGCUGUCGGAACCUGUUGCUUUUGUGCUCGUGCAGUGUUUUAUUGUCAAGACAUUGACUUAUUCACCAGUCAUCUCCCCCCAUCACUGGAUUCCCACUUAAACAUGGUUGCCACUCUGAGCCUGAGGACCAAGGAGAUGAGCAAGUCCUUGCUAUGUUGACCCAUUCACCCUACAAUGGGGGAGAUGCAGAAGGAAGUAUUUCACUCCACCUUCAACUCUUUCCUUUCUCCUUCAGUUAGCAGAAUCAGAAAGCUCUGCUCUGGGAGUGGCUUGUGCUAGAGUGUAGGGGUGAUUGAAUGGAGGGGAGGAUUCCGUCAUCACAGCUACCUUUCCCAGUUGGGAAGGAAAUCAGGAAUUACAAUGUUAGGGCCUUGCUUGUGUAGUCAACACAAACAAUAUUGGAUUCAAAACUGGUUACCAACAUCAUACAAUGUUCCUUGCUUAUGUCGUAGAUUUCCAUUCCUGCAAUUUGACCAAUUCCACAGUUGUCCAGUAAGUCAGGUCCCAGAGGUUAAAGAAGAUAACUUUAGUGGAGUCGUUCUGGAAGAUGCAAUGCUUACCAUCCACCUCGGUGUUUCAACCUAUUUUAUCCGCAAGAGUGCAGUGGAAUAAACCCAGCAGCUCUUUGCCAAUUUCAUCUGUUAAUUUACAGCAGUUUAUGGGGGAACAAUUUGGUGAUCUGCUCGAUAAUUCUGUGAAAAUGACAGGAACUAAAUAGCCGUGGUCUGUAGAAAGCCUUGCAGAAUAUUGCUGGGAUGGUGUAGAGGAAGGGUGGGAUCGACUAUGGUUUACUCACCACCUGAAAUGAGGGAACUUAUUGGCCAGGUUAGCGUCUAGUUGAGGUAUAGAUGACGUUAGCUGCCUGAUGCAUUGCUUUAUUCCCUAAAGCUCAUAAUCCCAAUCCUGCAACCACAGGAAUGUUUACCAUUCCAGUAGUUGAUUAGAAAGUGUUCUAUUCCACAGUUAUCAGCAACAAUUCUCCUUCCCAGAGCAGGUUUGGAGAUAGAGAACAUUUCAUAAUCAUUUGUUCUCACUAACAAUCGAUAAUGUGUCUAAUUCCUGUAAUUGAUUCAUAACAUAUUCCUGAUCUAAAUCCUAGUAGUUUAAUCUUCCACUCCCGUAACAAGUAGUGAUGUACUUCGGUCCCAAAUUGGAUUCAGAGAAGAAUCAAGCUGCACAACUAAUCAAUAAUAUGAAAAGAGGCUUGCAAUUAAUUAGCAUGUUCCAUGUAGAACAUCCCAAAUCACUUUGUGGAUUAUGAUGUAUCAUUAUUUUAAAGGCCAUUGCAAUGUAUAAUACUGAUGCCAGCAAGUUCCCACAGCGUGAGUGGUUCUGCAUUCAAUAGUAACGGCAGUCCGUUCUCACACUGAUGUGUAGGUGUUCUUUGAACACAGUCCAUCUGAACAGUGCCCCAAUCUGAAACAUUUCACACAGAGUCCAGGGUUCACCUUCAGAACAAACUUCCUUUAUUCUGAAGAAGGGUCCUGAGCUGAAACGCCACCCAACCUUUUUCUCCAGAGAUGCUGCAUGACCCGCUGUGUUACUCCAGCAGUUUGUGUCCAUAUUCCUUUAUUAAAAGGUAACUUCAACAGAACAAUCAUUUGUCUUAGAACUUGAUCCAAAAUGUCUAGCAUUCUAAAUCACCUUUAUGUGUCAUCUGUUAUCUGUGCCACACAUGCUCAGUAUGUGUAUAGAGCAAGAUAAUAGUUUUACUGCAUCAGGCCCCAAUGCCCAGCACACCACAUGUUUUGGAUGCAUUUCCACUGUUUCCUUUCAUGUGCAAUGGUCGGCAGCCCGUCCUGGAGAUUUGGGGAUGGUUGUCAUGCAGUCUCCAGGUGUGGGGUUACUGCAGGCCACGAGAGACAGUUCCAACCUGCCCUAUCUGCCUGAUCAUGCAAUCACCCUCUUUGUUUCCCUGCACCACAUUCCCCGUCAGCAAGGCUUCCUAUUCCCACCGCUGGUUGUUCAAAGAUCCCAUUUCACAGUCCAUUCCAACGACGUGAAGAAUUUGUUCCCGAAUCUAAUCAACAAAGCAUCCCCUUUUUUAAUAAAAAGAUUUACAGGGAGUUCAAUUGCUUGCGUUGCUCAGUAGGGUGUACCAUUCUGCAGCUGAUCAGCAAGGGAAGCCACUCCCUUAGCUAUUUCAUUCUCAUUCUCAUAACCCAUCAAUGAAGUAUUUGUUCCUUUAUCCAAUUAUUAUUGGUUAUGAAGUGCCCCGUUUUCUCGGUUGAUCAGUUAUGUUUUCUGAAGUGGUCAAACUCCGCCCCGAAUUCCAGAAAAUAAUUAAGAUUCAUUUGUGUUGAGGAAUUGUGUACAGUUGCAUAAUUCUACACCCUGCCAGCCAAGACCACAGUGUAUUUGAUGGCCAUGCCCUACACUGCUGGAAGCUUGAAUGAAAGGACCCGUUCAACCAAUUGCAACAUACUGCAAGGUGCAAGUAUCAAUCACAAUCACAAUAAUACUUUAUUAGCCAACUAUGUUUUGCAACAUACGAGGAAUUUCAUUUGCCAAAUCAGUCAUACAAAUAAGAAGCAAUGGAACACACAAAAUACAUUUUAACAUAAACAUCCACCAACAGUGACUCCUCCACAUUGUUCACUAUGAUGGAAGGACAAAAAUAGUUCAAAUCUCUUCCCUUCUGUGCUCUCCCGCAGUCGGGGGCCUUGUGCUUUCCGUUGACGGGACGAUCUUGACUCCAGUAGUGUAUUAAUUUGCCUCCAGCUACACAAGAUGGCUCUAACUCUACCACGAGGGAGAUGCACCAGGCAGGGUGAUUAAUCUUUAUUGUCACAUGUAUUUGGUACAGUGAAAUUCUUAGUUUUGCAUACAAUACACAAGUAUGCAAAGGGUCGCCACAUAGAGGGCGCCAACAAAGUUACAGAAGUAUUCAACAUUGUCCCAAUGGUCCUCACCCCUCACCCCCCGUCAAGUCCCUCAUUGGUCUCUGCCCCCCCCAUGCCAGGUCCCUCUUUAUUCUCUCAUUGCCCUCCCCAUGCUGGGUCCCUCUUUGCUGUAAUCAAUCUUCCCUCUCUCAUCCACCCAACACCUUUCCCCCCUGUAGAGUUUUCCCUUCAUCCCUCCCCAUUUCCUGGACAUCUCGUGUCCGUCCCUAUCCUUCAACCCGUCCCCACAUUCUCCUUUCCCACCUCCCCUGGGUUACUGCCGUCCUCUUCUCCCUUCUGACCUUCUCGCCACAAUCCCUUUCUUCCAGUGUGGGUGUUAGUCUUCUCCCCUCCACUCCCGGCCCUCCAGCCAUCACAGCCCCCCACCUCUCUCCACUACCCGCCCGCACCCCCUGGCCAUCCCACCCAGCUCCCACAUUCCCCACUCUGCCGGCACCGUCCCCAUCCCACACAGCCACUGCACCUCACUACGCCCAUUAUACUCACAGCCACUCCACCCCCUCCCACACUAACCCCCUCUCAGGCCAUCACACUCACCCGCACUCCGGGCCCUCACACUCUGUAACCCCGGCUGCCCUAGACACCACGACUUCACUCACAUGCCCACCAUCCUACCCCUUCUUCCAUUGCUCAAUGGUGUUUGAACAGAGGGGUGAAUUACAAUUGCUUCAAUGGUGAAAAGGUGUCCAUGUUUAACGCUGAGUGAUUGGAAGGAGGGUGACUAUCCAGAGGUAGGUAGUCACCCAGUCACGGCAUUGUAUAUAUUACUACACUCAUCCUGGUCACAGGUUACCAUUGUUUCAAUGGCAUAUUUAUUCAAGACAAUUCAUAACCUGUACAGUAUUUGAUUCAUGGAACCGGUUGGAUAAAGAAAAACAAUUCACACACAUACGUGUUUGUGUUUUUGUGGGUGUGUGUGUGUGUGUGUGUGUGUGUGUGUGUGUGUG